AAAGAUAUUCGCGCCCAACGACUGUCGCGCCAUCUUUUAAUCAAUAUGGCAGCAGCGCGAUUCAAUAAAACACGUCAUUCGUAUUACGACCUUAAACGGCGAUUAACCUUUUCUCACUGCCACAGUAAUAAUAUUUGUAUUAAUUGCCACGCAAUCAAAAUUUUAUCGAUUUAGAGAAAAAAGGGGUACAGGGAGAGAGGGUGAGAGAAAGAGAAAAAAGGAGAGAGAGAGAGAGAGAGAGAGAGAGAGAAAUAUAAAGAGAGAGAAAGAGGGAAGAGAAAGAGAGAGAGAGAGAGAGAGAGAGAGAGAGAGAGAGAGAGAAUGCGAAUAAAUGUAAAGAUCUUGAGAGGAGAUUAAUUAGUUCAUUGAUCAUUCUCAUCAAGAAGGAGUCGAUACGAUUAUGACGAUUGAAAAUUCGCACGAGGUUAUUACUGCGCCAAAAUGGAUUCAGCUCUAACGGGUUAAUCACGAUGUCGGGCCUCCGUUCUUUGAUUUUGCCAGUAUUAGCCGCAGUGGGUACUAUUGCUGCAAUAGGUCUUGCUAUUAAAUUUUACAUAUCCAAAGUUGAUGGAAAGAAGAAAAAGAAAAAUCCUGUAUUGUUGGUCGAUCCAGUUGUUAAAUACAGUGUACCAUUGAUAAAGAAAGAUGUUAUAAGUCAUGAUACUAGAAAGUUUAGAUUUGGUUUGCCAACGGAAAAUCAUGUACUUGGUCUUCCUACUGGACAGCAUAUACAUUUGACUACUAAGAUUGGAGAUGAAGUAGUUAUACGUUCCUAUACUCCUGUUUCCAGUGACGAUGAUCAUGGAUAUGUUGAUCUUGUUAUUAAGGUAUACUUUAAAAAUGUACAUCCCAAAUUUCUUGAGGGUGGUAAAAUGUCACAAUAUUUGGAGAAUAUGAAAAUAGGUGAUACAAUAGAUAUAAGAGGUCCAUCUGGUCGUCUUGUUUAUAAAGGACGUGGAAAAUUCUCUAUUAAACUCCUUAGAAAGGAUCCACCCACUGAUUAUGACGUUAAAAAGGUUGUUAUGUUAGCCGGUGGAACUGGCAUAACGCCAAUGUUGCAGUUAGUUAGAGCUAUAAUAAAAGAUCCUUUGGAUGAAACUCAAAUAUCCUUACUUUUUGCCAAUCAAACGGAGAAGGAUAUAUUAUUGAAAGAUGAAUUGGAUGAUAUUGCUAAAAAUCAUUCUGAUAAAUUUAAGAUAUGGUAUACGGUAGAUAAUGGAAGAGAAAAUUGGCCCUAUAGUACAGGACAUAUUAAUGCAGAUAUGAUAAAAGAACACAUGCUUCCACCGUCCCCUGAUACUAUUGUAUUAAUGUGUGGUCCAGUACCAAUGAUAAACAUUGCUUGUAAUCCAAAUCUGGACAAGUUAGGUUACGAUACCAAAUUGCGAUUUGCUUAUUAAGCGAGCUUUUUUUUUUUUUUUUUUUGUAUCUGUCGCAUCAUGUAGAUUGCAUUUAUUUAAUACUUUAUGCUUGUAGCAUUAUUUUUGGUUCAAAAGUAUUGACGAUUUAUAUUUUUCACUAGGAAGGUCAAACUAAUUUUCAUUUAUUUUAGCUGCACAGUUUGUUGGUAUCACUUAUUAACACAUUUAUGCUUUUAUUAAACAUUAAGAAAUUAUUUUUCUUUUCUAUACAUUUAAGAUUUUGAUAUAAUAAGAUUAUAGUCUCACGUCCAAAGACAAUAUUUAAGUUAAAUUUUUAAAGCAUUUAUAUAAUUAUUAAUAUUAUGACAAAUUUCUAUUAUUUGAUAUAAUAUUAUAUUAUUAAGUUACUAAGAUAUAUGAUAUAUGGCUUUAACAAUUGUACACUUAUAUAUCUGUGCAGCUAUAAAGACUAUACGACACUAAUUAAAAAAGACACUUGCAUAAAUUUGAAUAUAUAUAUAUCUGUUAUCCAUAUACAAAGGGUGCAUUUUACAGUGAUGUUAUACACACACGCACAGACACACACAUACACAUACACACACACACACACACACACACAUACAUAUAUAUAUAUGCAUUUUUUUUUUUAUUAUUAAUCUCAUAUUCUUAUGUAACAAAUUUAUUUUAGAUAAACAAUCAUGAUGAUCGAUGGAUCCAAGAUAAAUGCAAUUGAAAUGAAAGUUUUAUACCGAUCCAUUUGUUAAAUAUAUUCUAUUAAUUAAAAGUUUACAAUUUAAUUGUUCGAAAACUUAUAUUGUUAGAUUUGUUACAAAUUUUUUACAAAUAGUACAAAUCAUUUCAAUUAACUUUCUCUCUAUUUCUCUCUCUCUCUCUCUCUCUCUCUCUGUCUCUUUUUAUAUUUUUAUUAAAUUACUAUAAUCAUUUUUUAAGUGUAUCUACACAAAUACAACUAGACACACAUGACAUACAUACAUAUAUACAUAUAUAUAUAUAUACACACACACACGUACACACACGCAUAUACACAGAGAGAAAAAAUACACUGAUAGUACUAUAUAUAUUAUAUCAAAAGUCGAAGCUUGUUAUUUGAAAAUGUUUAGAAUAAAGGUCCUUUGGGUAUGUUUAAAAAGCAAAUGAGCAAUUUAUAUGUCACGAUAAUUGUUACGUAUAUGAAAUAAACGUGAUAGUGUUGCAGAAAAAAAA